AAUGGGGCUACUGUUGGCCAGGAUUUACACAGGGACACUUAUGUCUACUUUGGAGACAGGCUUGCCCCAUUUAACGGACAGGUUAUAAACGAUCAAAGAAAACAGGAGCCUGAUCCAGAGAGAAAGCCUGUGCUAAAGACUGUGUGCAGAACCACCAGUACUGAAGGUUUCUCUCCAUGUGAAACCAGAGCUCUGUCCACUAAUGUCAAUGAAUCAGACCAGCUUGGCUACAGUUUCGGAGAAAAGGAGGUGAUGGGAAACAACAAUAACUUGAAGAUUAUGCCAAUUAUUAAGGUGUCAGACGAUGACAGCAAGAACUGCGAUGAUGAGGAUCAGAGCUGUCAAGAGACGUCCUGCAAAAGAUCUCGCUCCAACUCCACCAGCGUUCACCCGUACUGGAUCGGAGACUUGGAUACCAUCAUUAUGAAGACGCCAGAGCUGUUCCCGUGUCACGCCCACGCCACCACAGGAUUUUACGGCAACAGGAAGUCUCUCUCUCAACAGCUGGAAUUUCCUCAUAGCAUUCCACAGGCUGUGGUUAGACCAUCUCGCUCUCUAAGUUCAGCGCACUUGGUCCCCUCCUGCAGUAGUGUACAGGCAUUCAUCAUCUCCAACAUCGUGCUCAUGAAGGGCCAUGGCAAGGGCCUGGGAUUCAGUAUAGUAGGAGGCAGAGACAGCAUGUACGGCCCAAUGGGGAUUUACGUGAAGACCAUCUUCCCUGGAGGUGCAGCGGCCGCUGAUGGAAGACUACAGGAAGGUGGACUCAUUAGUUAAAUAUCAUACUGUCUGUAAUUGGUAAUCUAUCCAGACACUUACCUCAAAAUGUAGCUUUC